UGCGUCCCCGCCCUCGGAGUCUGGAGAGCCGCUGGAGCCAGGCGGGAGUGCGAGGUGCAGGAGGCCGGCGGGAGGCGGGCGAGCCGCGGGGAGCAGGCACCAUGGUACUGUCGGUGCCUGUGAUCGCGCUGGGCGCCACGCUGGGCACUGCCACCAGCAUCCUUGCGCUGUGCGGGGUCACUUGCCUGUGCCGGCAUAUGCACCCCAAGAAGGGGUUGCUGCAGCGGGACCGUGAGCCCGACCCGGAGAAGGCGAGGCCGGGUGUGCUCCAGGCGGCCCAACAGUUCAAUGUUAAAAAAUCCACGGAGCCUGUCCAGCCCCGACCUCUCCUUAAGUUCCCGGACAUCUAUGGUCCCCGGCCAGCUGUGACAGCCCCUGAAGUCAUCAACUACGCAGACUACACCUUGGGGACCACAGAAGAGUCUGCUGAACCUGCCAGUCCCCAGGCCCAGAGUGACAGUCGCCUCAAGAGGCAGGUCACAGAGGAGCUGUUCAUCCUCCCUCAGAACGGUGUGGUAGAGGAUGUCUGCGUCAUGGAGACCUGGAACCCAGAGAAGGCUGCCAGCUGGAACCAGGCCCCCAAACUCCACUUCCGCCUGGACUAUGACCAGAAGAAGGCUGAGUUAUUUGUGACUAGCCUGGAAGCUGUCACCAGUGACCACGAAGGAGGCUGUGACUGUUAUAUCCAAGGCAGUGUGGCUGUCAAGACAGGCUCCGUGGAGGCACAGACGGCUCUGAAGAAACGACAGCUGCACACAGCCUGGGAGGAGGGCCUGGCCCUGCCCCUGGGUGAGGAAGAGCUCCCCACAGCUACCCUGACACUCACCCUGCGGACCUGUGACCGCUUCUCCCGCCACAGUGUGAUUGGGGAACUCCGCCUGGGCCUGGAUGGAGCAUCUGUACCCCUGGGGGCGGCACAGUGGGGUGAACUGAAGACCACAGCAAAGGAGCCAUCUGCAGGGACCGGGGAGGUCCUUCUGUCAAUCAGCUACCUCCCAGCUGCCAAUCGCCUCCUGGUGGUGCUGAUUAAAGCCAAGAACCUUCACUCCAACCAAUCCAAGGAGCUUCUGGGCAAGGAUGUCUCUGUCAAGGUAACCUUGAAACACCAGGCUCAGAAGCUGAAGAAGAAACAGACGAAACGGGCCAAGCACAAGAUCAACCCCGUGUGGAACGAGAUGAUCAUGUUUGAGUUGCCGGAUGACCUGCUGCGGGCAUCCAGUGUGGAGCUGGAGGUGCUGAGCCAGGGCGAGGAGGGGCCGAGCUGCGAGUUGGGCCACUGCAGCCUAGGCCUGCAUGCCUCAGGCUCUGAGCGCAGCCACUGGGAGGAGAUGCUAAAAAACCCGCGCCGGCAGAUCGCCAUGUGGCACCAAUUGCACCUGUAGUCGGCCACCUGCCGCCAGCCACUGACCGUCUUUCUUGGACACAGUCAUCUUCCAGGUUCAGCUGUCAGUCAUCCCUCCUGCUCUGUCCACAUGCCUACACACCCGAAGACAGAUGCAGACAUGUUGGCUGAGGCCAGGACCUCAUUCCUCUCUUACUGUAUUCUCAAUACUAAGGUGAACGGUGUCACCAGGACAGUGACGGGAUUGGCACAUCAGGGUCACUCAGAAGACCCUGGUCAUCUGUGUCAUGGAAAAAAGAUGUGUAUCAGGUACACUCAGUAGGCAGUCCCUGCUCACACUGGUCUAAAGCCUCAGUUCCCAACCUGUGUGUCAUGACCUUUUGGCAACCCUCCCUCUCCAAAAAUAUUUACAUUGUGAUUCAUAAUGGUAGCAAAAUUACAGUUAUGAAGUAAGCAAUGAAAACAGUUCUGUGGUUGGAGAGCACCAAAACAUGAGGAAUUUCAUUACAGGGUCACAGCGUUAGGAAGGAUGAAAAUCAGUGGCCGGCAGCAGGUCCCUGAGCCACUGGGGUCACGCCGCAUUGAUUCUCUGGGUGGAAUACACGAGGCAUCUGUCCUUAACUAGCACAGGGGUUCUGGAGCAGAGCUGGAGGGGCUACGCUUGAUGAGAAGAUCCCUUCCCAAGGCCAGGCAGCCUUCCCAACCCCCACCUCCAGGAACUCAGCACCAGGACAGUAUGGAGACAGGGAUCUCUGCUUACUUCAUUUCUUCUUUCUUAUUUUUCUGCUGUUCGCAUUUCACUCUCGAGCUGUAUUGUGUGUUUUGACUGUUUUAUUUAAGGGAUCAGAGUGGAUUUUGUUUGUUUUUUAUCACAUGUAGUGUGUCCUUUCCCUGGCAAGUCUAGGUUGCCACUCGUCUAGAGUGUCUGCGGCAUUCUGAGGACAGCUGUCACGUCACCCACCAAGCGAACUCCGUGUGACAGACCUGUCCUUCCCAGCCUGUACUUCAGGAAGAAGCAGCUCUGAGCUUUCCUUGUUCCAUCCGGCUAUGUAAAUGAUGAGGUGGAUGAACUUUAAAGAGGAAAUGUGACCUCUUGAAAACAUGCCGCCCUCCAGUUUGGGAGACCUGUCCCUUUAACUUGGAAAUAACAAAAAGCUAGGUCUGGUUGCCCCUGUUGAUAUUUCCAAUAGAUGCCCCCACUAGGAUACAAAUAUAAGUAGCUAGCUGCAGGGGUAGAUAGAUACUUGUGAGCUGGAAUUCGGGUUGUCAGUUACUUCCGUGUUCCACAGCGCCUCCGUGUGGCCACCUAUAGCACAGCACCGAUGUCAUGGGAGCUUGCCAGUCCAACUUCAGAAGGUGAGCAAGAGGCAUCUUAGCAGGCAUCGGUUGUUGCUGUUCACUCGAUGGCACUUCCUGGCUCCUCCAUUGGCUGUGCCUUUUCUCCUAAACCUCCUCUGUAACUUUCUCAGAGAUGUUAGACUGGCAGACCAAAACCUUGCAGUCACCUUUUACAUCGGCUUAGCCUGUUUUCAGCCAUGCUUGUAAGUCACCCCCCGAAGCAGCUUGGGAAGGAACCUAUCUAUGUCUGUACCAAAGAGUGUUUUCUGGAAAGAGGUGGAAAUAAAGUGAGAGGCCAUUCCAGGCUGGGCUACUGCUGGGGAGUUAGGAGUUCACCCCAGCCCUCUCUGAAUCCUCUCCCAACGGCAAAUAGGUAUUUUUGUCGAGUGUUUGUCCACCAAGACCUUGUAUGUGUCUGUCCAUUCUGAUUAGAGAAGGCUGGGGUAGGGGUGGGGCGACUGAGCAGCGUGUCACCUUAACGGAAACACCAGAUCAGAGGAGCCCAGCAAUGCUGUUCAGACCAGCAGCUCUCAGAUAUAAAGGAGCCCCGGGGGGAGGGGCAGUGUCUGAACUGGACUGAGGUGGGAAGCUUUGGAGGAGAAAGUUAGUCCUGUGGAGUGUUUCUGCCCUCUCUGUUUCCUGUUGUUAGAUACUGCGUGUUCAUGAUGCCAUCCCAAAUCGAAGCACAAAAAGUCGCAUGAGACAUUGUGGUCACAUGUCUGGUUACACAUUGGAGCACAAAUCUUACAGUGGUAAAUAAAUUGUUUCCAAUGGG